AUGAUGGCCUUAGCGCCAUCAUCCAAUGGCGAUAUUGCUAAUCGAAAUACAAAUAAUGAAAAGGAAGAAAAAGAUAAUGCACUGAAAAUGCUCUCAUUUAAUCCAUUGAAUACUAGACAAUUACAUCAACGAACAUCAGAGGAGAAUAUAUAUGAACAACUCUAUCAACUUCGACAAUCUCGUAAUUCAACUCGUUCGAAACAUUCAGAAGGCAAAUCAGUUGUAUCGAUUGAUGCUGCAUUGAAUGAGCGUAAUCAUCAACCAAUACACGAUAGUUUAGGUCUUCAAUUGCCGUUAAUAGAAACACAUCAACAAAGACCAAUACCAAGAUAUCAUAUAUCAAAAAAGACAUCAGAACCACUUGAUGUUUUACCUCUCAAACGUCGACGAAAUCCUUUUAAUUAUUCAAUACCAUCAACAUCCGACGAUGCAAAACAACAUCUUCUCAAGCUUGCAGGACAUGAAACAAUUGUCAAAGGUACUCAUUCUACUUUCGAAUCAUUACCAACAAAUACUAAUGAUCCAUCAUUUCGAAUAAGAACGUAUAGUAGAGAAGAAUCUAAUGUUUAUGAACCAUUACAUUCAUCUUUACGAAAUACAACAAAUGUUCAAUCAAAUAAAUCAUUUCAUAAUCGAAUACAAAAACGGAUUCCAGAACGUCUCACUACAAAUCAACAUCAUUUUCUUGGAUAUAAUGGUAAAGAACGAGCAGCUAUUGUUAUUCAAUCGUAUUGGCGUGGUUUUCGUACACGAUGUAUUUAUAAAUUAUUAAAAAAACGAAAACGAGCUGUUCAUAUAAUUGAAUCAGCAUGGUUAACUUAUUCUAAAUUAUCUAAAAUUCGUAAACAAUUAAAUUUAAUUCGUCAACGUCAAUUAGAUUAUUUUCAUAUAAAACAAAAUGAAUUAAGAGAAAAAUGGUCAUCUAUAUCAUCUAAUCGUCGUACAAUUGUUCAUAUCCCUUCAUUAGGUUUAUCACAAUGUAUACGAAACAAUUUAAAUCAUUUAUCUUUAAGAGAAAAUUAUCAAAUAGGACGUUUAUGUGAAUUAGAUGAUCCAAAUGUUAAUGUCAUUUAUGUAUCGCCAAUGUCUGUUAACGAUGAAAUUUUACAAUAUUACAAUAAAUUAAUUAAUUUACGAGUGAUGGUUGAACAAGGAAAUAACCAACCUGCGACAUCAAUUCCUAAUAAUGUAAAUGAACGUUUUAAAAUUAUUGUACCAGAAUCUCUACAUAGUUUUCCUAAACACAAUAUGUGUUUAGCUACUUUACUCAAAUAUAGUCCCAAAGCUUUAAAACAAAUUAAAAAUUUAAUACAAAAUCAACAAGCUUAUCUUGUAAGUGGUACCUCACAUAUUGAUGAUCUAUACAUCGCCGAAUAUCUUGAUAUUCCUAUAUAUGGUUGUGAACCUGAAGUAUCUUAUUUAUAUUCAACAAAAUCAGGUUCGAAACGCAUAUUUAAAUCCAGUAACGUCCCAAUGCCCUUUGGUGAAUAUGAUAUCUAUGAUCUACAACAUCUAUUAAAAUCAUUAGCUCAAUUAAUUAUUGAACAUCUUGAUGUUCAACGAUGGAUAUUUAAAAUCGAUGAUCACUUUGAUGGAUUAGGUAUUGCCUAUUGUGAUAUUGCUACAUAUCUUCCAUGCUAUCAAAAGUUGAUGGAAGAAGCUAGAAAAUGUACGAGUAACGAGUCAAAUAAAUUAAUACAGAAUGAUUUAUAUGCAAAACUUCUAAGUGAAUUACCUGAUAUUCUUGAUAAACAUACAAUCUAUGUAAAUAAAGCUCAAUUCAAUUCUUGGCCAAAUUACUUAAAAGUUUUUCUAUCUCAAGGUGGGAUUAUUGAAGCAUAUCCCCCAUCAGAUUCUAUAACAUCAAUAACAAUUUGUUUGUCUAUUGAACCUAAUGGUCAAUAUUCAUUAUUAUGUUCCGGUGAUCAACUUCAUGCUGAAUCUCAAUUUUCUUGUUGGGGUUUAGCAUUUCCACAAUCAAGUAUUGAUCCAAAAGAACUAAAUAACUAUUGUUUAUUAAUUGCUGAACAAUGUCAACAAAGACAUAUCUAUGGUUAUAUUGAUAUUGAUUUUAUUACAUUUAUUGAUGGAAAAACUGAUAAACAAAACAUAUGGGUUACAGAUUUAUCUAUUGGAUAUUCUGAACAUUUAUCCCUUUUUCAUGUUAUGAAAUAUAUAACAACUGGACAAUUCAAUUCAGUAGCUCAUUCAUUUAUAGUAAAGACGAAACAACCAAAACAACGAUUAAGAAAUUGGCAAAAUGGUGCACCGGAAUAUAUAAUUAGUGACAAAAAUUGUUAUGCUAUUUGGAGUUCAAGAUUAUAUCAUACGAAUUUAUCGAAUAUACAUUAUAGUAUAUUUUUUGAAAUAUGUCGUUCACAUGGUAUUGGAUUUGAUAUUCGAGAAAGACAAGGAAGUAUAUUUACUUUACUUGAAAGUAAUCAUCAUGAACAUAUUGGUAUGAUUACAAUAAGUGAUACAUUACAAAAUACAUUAACCAAUUUCAUUUGUAAUUUAAAUGCUAUGAAUCAAGAAAUCACAGCGAAAACAGAAGUGGAAGGACGAAGUAAUUUUAUGUUAGCAGUGAAUGAUAUUGAAAAUAUAUUUGGUCUUACAAAAGAUAAUGAUUCAAAUGUUUCAUUUAAUACUACUACAUCUUAA